AGCUUUCGAUUUGAAAGGAGAUUACUGAAAACUUCACCCCUCAUGUCGGCGAAUUUGUUAUCUCUUUAGAUGGUACACCAGCCCUCCCGGUGCCCAACAGUUGUUUGGUUUAGUCUCAACCGGCAGUCGUUAUGGCGGAGGACGAGGAUUUCUCACCAAACCUUCUGACAGAGGAGAUGAAACACAGCAAUGGCGACUUCGUGGCUCCUGAUGGGUUAUGCUGGGUGUCAGUUCUGUCCUGUCUGCUGCUGGCUUGUUCUUAUGUUGGCAGUUUAUACGUGUGGAGGAGUGACCUGCCGAGGGACCACCCUGCUGUCAUAAAGAGACGCUUCACCAGCGUGCUAAUUGUGUCGGGUCUGUCGCCUCUCUUUGUGUGGGCAUGGAGAGAAUUCACUGGUGUCAGGACUGGCCCAUCACUGCUUGCUCUCAUGGGGAUACGGUUUGAAGGCCUCAUUCCUGCCAUUGUACUUCCACUGCUGUUAACUAUGGUCCUGUUUUUGGGCCCCCUCAUGCAGUUGGCCAUGGACUGUCCCUGGAGCUUCACAGAUGGGAUGCGAGUGGCCUUUGAUCCGUGGUUCUGGAUGUUGUGUCUCAGUGACAUGCGAUGGUUGAGGAAUCAGGUGGUGGCACCGCUAACAGAGGAGCUGGUGUUCCGGGCCUGCAUGCUGCCCAUGUUGGUACCCUGUGCUGGCCCUUCCACUGCCAUUUUCACGUGCCCCCUUUUUUUUGGAGUAGCUCACUUUCAUCAUGUGAUCGAGUUGCUGAGGUUCAGACAGGGGACGCUGUCAGGGAUCUUCCUCUCUGCAGUGUUUCAGUUCUCCUACACAGCAGUAUUUGGGGCCUAUACUGCUUUCAUCUUCAUCAGAACAGGUCACUUGAUGGGUCCGGUCCUCUGCCACUCUUUCUGUAACUACAUGGGUUUCCCCGCCAUCAGCACGGCCUUGGAGCACCCUCACCGUCUUACUGUCCUCUCCUCCUACCUGCUAGGGGUCGUCCUUUUCCUCCUCUUCCUCUUCCCCUUCACCGACCCCUCCUACUAUGGCCUUCCCACCCCAGUCUGCACCCUUGCCUCCUUCCCUAGCGCCCUCUGCCUCUCUUGAUCCCUACUCCGCUCUCACACACUCCUCUGCUAUUGUGAUGUCACCCUGUGUUGAUGAAGCAGUUGAGUGUAUCCCCCCCUCCUUUUUUUUUUUUUUUAAAUUGAAAGUUAGAGUUCAGGUUCAGUCUAGUUUGGGCUGACAGCACUGACAGCCAUGUGGGCUACAGUGCCAUGGACAGAUGAGGAGCUCUGUACCCAUUUUCUAUGGCCUAUGGACCCUUUAUAUGUCUACAUUUAUAAGACAUAAAUCACUUUAUAGCUGGUGCUUGACCAUAUGUGUAAGUGAGGGUUCGUGUUACUGAGAGUGAACCCAAGACCGUCCGAUUUCAAGGACAGCUUGUUUGUCCUACUCUCUCACCCUAAUAUGUGAUGCUGGUAGUGUUGACACAACACUGAAGAACAAGUCCUCCUCAGAUCCUCUUAAUGCUGGUAGAUCUCAUCCAUUUGUGAUGAAGCAUUAAUGUACCUUUUUGGUGUACUCAUUUUCCACUUGGCCUGCUUAAUCUUUUUAAAGGAUGAUUCUGGUUUAUAAUAUCUUAUAUCUUAUUUUCAAGGAUUUGGUGGUCAUUUCUAUAACAAAUAAUAAAAUCUCCUAGAAAUUACCUGGAAACAAGUAACAUAAAAAAACACUGUUAAAAGUAUAGUACAAUAGGUUUUAAACAAAAUACCAGAUAAAACAAAGGUGCGCAAUAAAAUUAUCUGUUAUUGUAAACAUUUACCUCUGGACCUUUUAAUUUUAUCAGAAAGUCAAUCAAAUAUUAGAUUGCGUUUUCAGGAACCCAUGUCAUGAAACUGGUUUCUUCAUCUAAUAAAAAGUCCAAAACCCCAAAACAUUUGGUUUAAAAAAAAAAAAAAAAGGAAACUUUUAUCCAAAACUGUUGCACUGCGAGACACACAUGGUUUAGUCAGCCAUAAACAUUCUAAGACAACAUUCAGACAGUGUCAGAAAUGUAGGACCAAGUUCUCACAGUGUGACUGCUGCUAAUCCACUGACUGUGAACCAAAUAAUCAGUAGAUCAAUUUUGAAUAAGUUUUAAGUAAGGAAAACCCACAAACACACAAACCAAAAGAUAUUUUUGUGACACUGGCAAAGAAGAAAACUAUGCAGAGCUGCAUUUGUAGAACAGGGGCAGGCCACAUUUAUGACACGAGCUGAUAACGUGCUUCUGCUUUAAUAAACUUCUUUCAAUUUGAAUUAUUGCACAAACCAACCAAGUUUGCCCCUCCUUAGACCUCUGAUAGUAGGUACACACCACUGCUAACUGGGAGCACCUCACAGGCUGAAUAAUGUUGUCCAGCCAUAACAAUUUUGUCCUUUUUACACCUGUUUCUUCCGACUCCAAAAUGUCGACUGUGUGACCUGACUGUUCCUUAAGCAUCUAAUGUAUCCGAGACCUUGCCGUGUGCUCUUGUUGAGAUAAUCUUAUUUGCUUCAUUUGUGAGUGGUCAUACUUGUCUGGCUCAUUUUGUUGACUUGUUUCAGAUUUGGUUUGUUGUUUAACUGAGCUGAACAACUGGAUCUACAAUUUUAGCCUCUCACAGACGUACUGUAUGAACAUGAGAGAACAGAUAUACCAAAAACAUUUGAGGCCAUUCAAGAGUGGCCUGCACUCAUUGCUUUUUAUGUAAGCUGUUAGAAUACAGCACAGAAACACUGGUGAUGUCUUAAAAUACAUCAUCUUAGUUUGAAGCAACAGGAUAGAAUGCUAUUCUGUUGUUCAGAAAAGUAUCUGUCUCAGUCAAUCUUUCUGGCUACUGUUUUAUAACUAAGGAAGGAUAUCAGUAUUGGCCUAAAAAUCUAGUAUCAACUCUAAAUAUUAUAGACAUUUCAGUGCUCACUUUGAGUUAUCACUCGAUAGUCUUACGAAACAGUUGACAUGUUUACAGUUUGCCUAACUGCAUGUAUGUUUUUGCUAACUUAAUUACACAGACCUUCCCCAAGGCCAAUUGUCUAGUCUUCUAUAUGUGAUUUUGCAACUCAAACCAAAUCCACAAAGAAAAAAAAAAUGUUUAAUGAAAAUUAGCUUGGUAGUCUUGGUGUAGUCCAGGUCACAGACACACAAGCAAACCAACAAAUAGUAAUAAAAACAUACCUUCCCUGGUAAAGGUUUAAAAUCCAGAACUGUGGACAUCUGUUUCCUGACAGCUCUGGAAAACAUAUCAGGUUAGGUUGAGACCAUUUUGUUGUGUACAGCUGUAGGGAAUUAGAGUCAGGUUUGGUUAUUAUCAAAUAUAAUUUUUUUGCACAAGCACGACAAGCCAACAAUCAGAAACCCGUUGUUUUGGGCUUUAAAUUUAGCUAUGCCAGUUGGAUCUAAAAGAAGAUGAUAAAUCCUGCAUUUGGUUCCCAGUUUUACUUUGUUUUAGUUUGUACCCAGUUUUGAUAAACCAGAAUUAUCCUUUAAUGCUAUUAGUGUCUCCUGAGGAAGGCAUGGAAAGCCUUGUUUUCAGCACUGGGUUGCUGAAAAAUACAGUGUUUCCAGUGAAGAAAGAAAAACUUAGCAUGGCUAACGGCUGCACUGUGUUCUGCUCUAUAGAGGCUCAUGGAGUUGUUGCUAUCUUUGACUCUUCUGUGUGGAAUUACUCUCUAUAAGACUGUUGAAUGGCAAAUAGCCCUACUGUAGCUACACUGGAGGAAAGGAGCGUUCAUGUGAGGCCUUAUUGUGAUGUUGACUUAGGAAAAAUACACCAUAAGACAAAAUAGUCCCCGGAAUGUGAUCUACAAUACUUAGUUGUUUUAAAUGUUAUGGGCUUGUUUUUACCAGCUAUCUUUAUCUGCAUUCAGACACCAGAACUCAUUUUAAAAAAAAAAUAUUGCAGAGAGUUAUUGUGCUUGAAUAUGCCAGUGUCAAGCCCCUUUCAGACAUGCACUCUUAUCUGUUAUAACGGCAACUGAACAUGUCGGCUUCAUGAGCGGUGGCACACCCUGGUCACUUUUCUGUAAAAGUCCCGGCAAAAAUCUAGCAACUACCUACCAACACUUCCGCAACACUUUCAACACGGCACAACUCUGAGCUGCACCCAGUCACAGUAAUGGAAAGGCAUGCACAAGCGAUCGUACGUUUCUUCACAUGAGACAGAUGAACUGUCACACACAAAAACACAGUGUAGUUUGUUGCUUCCGGCUGAGUUUAUUAAGCAACUGCAGCAUCAGGAUCCAUGUGAUCCAUACUGUUGCUCUCCCCAGCAUUAUGGGAAGUAUGUCUGAAUGAAGCUGUUAGGAAGGUUAACAGAAAUGUGACUUAUGUCUGAAUGAUUGAAUGCCCUCACUAUAAGCGAUUGAUGAAGGCAGCAAUGAUACAGAUGAGGAACAUUACUACGAUGAUGUUACGGAUGGCUUAAGUAUAGAAAUGUAUCAAAGGUUAAACCUCGGCAGGUGGGUGAUUGGGUAACUUAGGUGGCUGGUACUGUUCUUAAUGCUGGAAACAUACUCUGUUUAAGUAUGCAUAUGGCAAACUAGGUAUGCAUGGCCUAAUUGUGCUGUUAUAUACCUGUGACACAGAAUGGUCCCAAGCAUCAUCAGUCUCGGUAUCAGCAGACAUAGCAUUCACUCUGGCUUUGGUUUGUGUCCUUGCAUUUUUUAGUCUUAAAGAUGGAGAUUGUUUAUAUUGUUAAACCUCAGUUGCUAAUUGCUUUUCAUUCCAUUCUCAGCUUCUUGCCAUAGGAUCUUGUUAAACCUGUUUAAAUGCGGUUCUUUUCUAUCUGAGGCUGUCUCUUAGACAGUGUGCCUAAAGACUGAUCAGAUCUCUUCCUGCUUAGUGCUACCAUUCUGUUUAGCUUCAGUUAUGUAUUGCUGCCAACUGAAUGGAGCAGAAUACCUCAACACUCAAGAGAAGCAGGAGGCUUGAAUGCAGCUUUGCUACAAACUGUAGAGACUAGAUAAAUCGCUGUUGAAAAAUUAUUUCACUCUCACCUGCACAGCAGUGAUAAAAUUUGCAGUAGUCAUGUGUCAAAGUUGAACUAUGAAGUACCAUCAGAAAGACGGGUUUAUUGAGUCAUGCUGAGAUUCAUUUAUUUUUUCACUUCCGGUUAAGUAGUUUAGAAAAUCUGGUCGACUUUAAGGUUGACUUCUUAGUCAUUAAAUGUAAUUAAGUUGAGAUGGUGGCCAAAACUAAGAGUCAAACGUUUAAAAAAAGGAAAGCGUGUUCCUUUAGUGAGGGCUCAGUUCUAGCAGAUUGCACCCAAUGUCUUGCAGGUUUCUAGAGUGACAUCAGGGUGUGUCGCUGACUUUUGAUUGACACAACCGUCUGGUGUCCUUGCUGUGAAAACAACUGGACAGUAUAUUACAAUUAAUAUAACAAUUUCUUUAUCUUCACUAGCUAAAAUUAUUCAUAGCUGGCGAGAUCUAAGGUGCCUCUGGGAGUGACAGAAAGAACUUGAAAUGGCAGAAACACUCUAUAAGCUAUACUCGUACUGUGAAGAAGAAAAAGUGGGCUGCUUGGCUCUUGAGCAAUAAAUCCGAUGUAAGGGGAAUGUUUGGAUUAAUUUCCUAUUCUCUGGAUGAAAUUGGGCCAUAUCUGUAUAUAGAUUGUUUUGGUCAGUGAAAUGAUUCUUGUCAAGUUUACAAACCUUUGGCAGAUACGGCAACGAGAGUAGUGCUGUACCUCCCUCAAGUGGCUAGCAGAGGGCACCAGAGUAUCUUGAAAGAGGCAGAGCUGCUGUGGACUGAACCGAGGCCGUCUCUAUUCUGUUUAUCAGCCCGUCUGACAUCAGUCAUCCGUCACUGGAAAACCAAUUCACUCUAACUUAUUUUUCUUUUAGCUUCUACACAAUUAUGCCCCAGUAGAGAAGAUUGAUACAGAGGAGCACUGUUUAAACCCCGUGGUUAGACUGUGACUGAUGUUAAUAUCCUAUUUAACAGUUUGAGAGCAGUUUGUCUUCAUUGUGUCUCCCAUGUUCUCUUCUUCUCUGCUUGCUGCUCUUAAGUCAAGACAGUUAAAUGCUGUGCUUUCAGUUUUUAGGCAUGUUGUCUUACACAGAACAAACAAACACAUUUAGGCAAGGCAUUUUAAAUUUGUAGUAUAGAAAUGAUCCUAUCUGUCUUUUCAACCUUUUUAAAGCCACUGUGGAAAUGUAAAAAAACAGGCCAAUUCCUCUGAAGAUUUUAUUUAUGCUAAUUUGUGUAUGUCGCGAGCCAGCAAGAGUCAUGGCAUUUUCGAAUUCUGCACAUAGUUACACAUAACUACAUCAAGUAAAGUGACCUCACUGGACAUCUGAGAGAAAGGUUGAGAAAUGAUCCUCCCAAACUGCUUGGAUAUGCUAUCACAUAUGCUAAUAUCAAAUCUACAGACGUCAUACUAGCUGCUGGUAGUGCUGACAGCAGUUUCUUUAAACAUUUCGGCUAUUCCUUUUACUGUCUCGUAAAGAAAGUUAACAGUAAUGUGUGAUCAUGUGUUGUUCCAGCACAGGCUCUACAGUCAAACUACACACUCCACAUGUUAUUUCUUUGCAGUCCGUCACUGAAUCACUCAGAGUACUUGUUCCUUUGUUCCUAGCCACUGACCUGACAUGUCGGGACAUUUGAAAGACGAUCAGACUGAACUCGUUUUACUUUUACUGCUGUAUAAAGAAAAACACUUCCUCAGCCAACAAUCCCACAUGAGUAUUUGCUGCUGAAGAUGCAGAACCUGCUCAUGUGUAACAAUAUGCAUAGAGCAGCAUUGACAGAGACUGCAGAUUCUAUUUUUGCAAAGCUUAAGCAGCGCCGUUAUUUUCAUAUAAAACACCCAGAGGAAGAUGAAUUUCAAAUGUACAUUUUCAGAACUUGUUAAAUAUGAGACAGCUGGUGAAACACAACUCCACAGAUGUUUAUAUUGAGCACUAUAUUUUGUAAUCAGAUCUAUUUUGGUGACAGGAACAGAGUGUACAGGUAUGUGCAUGUAUUUUAUGCUCGCUGUGUUCCACUUGUUGCACAGUUCAAGUUAGAGACUUCAGAACCAUGUUUUAGUAUGACAAUCUUUUACAGGAACUUUGGAAUCACUGCAAAAUAUCUAUUUGUAAAUAAAGAAUGUCGUUUUAUAUAUCUGCCAA